ACUUCACAAGUUCUUUGCUAACUCUCCACACACCACACCAACUCUGUUCAACAUCAACGAAUUGCAACAUUGAGCACUUCAUCUUCAAAGGCCCACUCAACACCUCUUAAAUCUGAUAAUUAACGAUGUCCCGACGCGGAUUAAGAAGGCAAAAUCAGACGACACAACCAUUAGUCUCCUCUACAAACAUGAACAUCGAAACGAUAAACAAGCCAAGCAGCUUGUGUACCGUGUUACAUGGGUUGAGCGAUGCUCAAAAGUCCGAUAUUAUGGAUAUGGGCUUUGAAUCCAUAAAAUCAUUCAGUAUAAACAAAAUACCAUCAAGAUUGGGGUCUUGGUUGUUAGCUAACUAUGACCAUAAAAGCAAUGUUUUAAAAGUUGGUGACGGUAUCAUUAACAUAACACCUUUAAAGGUGUACGAGAUUUUCGGAGUGCCUAACGGGACAAAACCUGUACAUGAAAAGCACCAGGCGAGAAGAGGAUCUCCCAGAUACGAAUGGAGGAAACAGUUUACGGGUGAUAAAAUAUGUGUUGAACACGUAAUCGAAAAGGUUCUAUCAGAUCGGGAAGGUGGAAGGCUUUUCAAGCUUAACUUUCUUGUCGUCUUCAACUCGAUGUUGGCUGAGUCAAAUAAAAGUGCAACCGUGAAUCAGAAGUGUCUCUCGUCUAUCGAAAAUGAAGCCGACAUACCUAACAUGGAUUGGUGUGGCUAUAUCGUAGCGUGCUUAAAGAGAACCAAAGAGGAAUGGGACGGUAAACUGGCCUAUAACGGCCCAUUGACUUUUCUCGCGGUCCUAUAUGCACAUGAACAACAAAUGAAACUUAAUCCUGAUUAUGCGGUGACCCCAGCGAUAGAAUAUGUUUCAGAUGAAUAUUUAGAAGAUUUUGAAAAGGAAGUUCUACCCAUUGAUGAGGAUACUCAGAUGUUACUCCAUGAUGACGGUGACGAUGAUGAUGAUGGUGGUAGUGGUGGUCCUACUGGUGGUAAUGGUGAUAUUGGUCAGGGCCGGCCCUGAGAAUUCGUGUACCCUGUUCGAGCUCGAAAAAAUGUGCCCUUAGGCCUUAACGAAAUUGGGUAUUGGGCUCACUAAAGGUCUAAACCUAAUGCCAAAGGGGUUAAUACCUAAUCUAAACCAUAAUAAUAGUUUUGUAAAGGGGCCUAUGUUGGUGUUUGUAUGGAUCUAAACCAUAAUAAUAGUUUUGUAAAGGGGCCUAUGUUGGUGUUUGUAUGGGUGUACCGUAUUAAAGAAAACAUUU